AUGAAAACUGCAUUAGAAAAUAAUAAGACAAUGGAACUUACAGUUAAUCUUGGUAAGAUUACAAAAGGAUGCAACUGGACGAAAAAAGCAAGCAUAGCUGUAAAAAAGUUUAGAAAGCAUCUUAAGAAGAUGCUUAAAACAGAUGAAAAGAUUACAAUACAGAAAGAUCUAAAUAAAUUUAUUUUUAGUAAGGGACUAAGAAAAGUACCACGAAGAGUGAGAAUUAAGGUAGAAAGAAUUCCAGAUAAAGAUAAUGCAGAACUUAAUGUUAUAAAAUGUUCUCAUGUUUUAGUAGGUAAUUUUAAAGGAUUGAAAACUGAAGUAGUUAAAGAAUAA